AUGCCUGCUUUGCCCUCGCCUUUUGCCAAAGGGGGAUGCAUUGUGUCAGCGCCAGUGGGGCCGGCCGGUCCUGCAGGGCCGGUGAAGUCGUCUUCGGGAAAGCUUGAGUCACUCAGGCUUGCGGGAGUGAAGAUUCCGAGUGUGCCGGGACAAAGCUGGGAUCAGAAACUCUCUGAGGCGAGGGAAGCAGCUUUGGCAAAGUGGCUAGGGAUUCUUGAAAGGUUCCCUGACGAUUUCGGUCUUUCUCUGUCGAUUCGGCUAGAUAAGGAGAACGGGCGAGACUCUGACUUGAAGUCUUCCUUGCAAGAUGUGUUUUCUCAGAAGGCGAGCGUCACGAUCUCGGGCCGUGCUGGGCCCCUUGCCAGGUACAUCAAGCACUGCCGAAGUUGCCAGGUCAUUCCUUUCCCUGUCACUGAAGCAGGGAUCUAUGCUUUCCUGCAGGAUUAUGCAUCUCACGAGGCGCCCACUUUCGCCAGGAGCUUCUUGAGCAGCCUUGCUUUUGCAAAGUUCACUGUGAGCUUGAAGGUGAGUGAUGAAGUCUUCAGCCCCAGGGUCCGUGGGCUGUCGUCGAAGCUGUAUCUUGAAAAGAGGAAGACUCGGCAAAAGCCGUCGCUCAAAGUUGAUCAUGUGCGGAAGUUGGAGGCUAUCGCUUCCGGCUCGAUCGUGCUCGAGCCUUCAGACCGGGUCGCUGCUGGCUUUUUCGUGUGGACCUUGUAUGCACGAGCGAGGUACUCGGAUGCCCAAGCUGCAGGUGCAAUGACUUGUGACUUAAGCGAUACGCCGGACGGCACAGUCGGAUACCUGGAGUCCGCUGUCGAGCGAAGCAAGACUUCGUUCUCACUGGAAAGAAAGGUCAGGUAUUUGCACAUGUUUGCUCCCAUCCAAGGUAUAGGUGAGGCGCCCUGGGGUGUCAAGUGGUUUGAGUUCUAUAAGGAGCAUGGGCCUCCUUUGGGGUCUGGCAAGCCCUUGCUUCCGAGCCCGCUCUCUGGCGGAGGGUGGCAAACAUCGCCGCUGGCGGUGGCGAGUGCCACGAAAUGGAUGAAGUCACUCUUGAUCCGUGCGGGUUGUGACAGGUCUUCCGUUGAACCGCUUGGGACGCAUAGUCUCAAGGCAACGACCUUGAGUUGGAGCGCCAAAUUCGGACUACCCCGCGAGGUGAGAGCGGCCCUAGGCUACCACGCCAGGGGCCGUGACGGGACCGAGCUCAUCUAUGGGAGAGACAACAUGUCUGCUCCUGUGCGCCAACUGCAAAGGGUUCUGCUCGAAGUGUCGCGCGAAAGGUUCAUGCCGGACGCCACCAGGUCCGGUUACUUCGUGAAGCGCUUUGAAGAUCCAGAGGGAAUGCCCAUUCCUCCUGAUGAGGUUUUGUCGGAAUCUUCCUCCGAGGCCAGCGAGGAUGCCGAGGAUGUCGAUCAUGUAGCUGCGGAGGCGGCCACCGACGAGUUGGGAAGGCAAUGGGAGCCCGAUGCAGGCUUGCGUGCCGAGCUUGAAGCAGUCCCUUUGUUCAGGAGUUCACUAGCUCGGUUCCUGCUCCUGUCGAUGGCUAACUACUCUGAGAGUCAAUCGGUUCUGCAGUCGCGAUUGAGUGUCGUGGGUUUCGCAGAAGAUGACGUUCAGAAAAUCCUGCCAGAGGUGGGAAACUUGAGGAGGCUGGCUUUCAUUUCUUCUUUCACACCUGGCCAGACUGACGAGGGGCCGUUGAUGCAGGUGUUGAAAGACAUUUUGAAGCGAGACUUGACAAUUGCAGACAAGGCUAAUUGGCGUGCGGUUUACAAUGAAGCUUUCGCCAUUGUGACCGCGGAAAUGAAGCAGAGGAUUGAGAAGGCCGACCCAGAGUCGACCGUCAGGCCUUUGUCUCAGCCUGAGAGGUCGGAGCGGUACGAGCGGCAGGCCAAGAAGCUUGUCGGGAUUACACUGAAAGGGCCUCUGGAGCCUGCCGAUGCACUUGUUGAUCUUGCUGUGGCUUCCUAUGAGGCAAAUGAGCUGAGGUACAUUCCGUGGGACCGGUGUGUGUCCAAGGAAGCUGAACUGGCUGGCGAGAAGAAACGCGAUGUCAGGUUCACUGUUGAGGAGUCUUCGGGAAAGCUUCGGAUCGAGCACAAACAGCCUGAUCUGGUUGCGGAUACUUCAUCGGAGAUUCUUGUUCAGCAGGCUCUCACCCGGAGAGCUUUGGCCAUGGAUCAGGCGAACCUGAUCGAGUUCAGUGUUGCUGAUAAGUGGACUCAACGCUUGAUGAAGGCCCGCAUGCAAGCGCCUGCGGAGCAUUUUGCCAGGCCCACUUGGAAGCAACUUGAGUCGGCGGAUCGGCAGCUGUUUGCCGAGCUUCGUGAUAAGACCAGGGCAGGAGUGCAGACAGUCGCAUCGGGUCGCCCGUUGGACACACUUCUGCCAGAUGCGAUGUACAUGAACGAAGUGUCAUGUUUGUUGCAACCUUUUCCGGCCCCUGCCUUAAAGGAUGUUCCCCAGAAGCCGGAUGCUCCCAAGUGGGAGAGGCCUUCUCCUUACAACAAAGGUGGAGGCAAAGGAAAGAAAGGAUGCCCUACCAAAGGGCAGAAGUGCGAGAAAGGCCUGCACAUUUGCGCAGUGGAUGAUCUCCUAGAGGGAGUUCAUCGGCCGAGCAAUGCAUGCGCCGGCGGCUCUCCUCCGAGUGGUGUGGAGUGUCGUCUGCAGUCAGGUGUUGAUCGAGAGGAUCAUCACAUGCACAACGUUGGCUCUCACAGUGCCAUCUCCAGGCCAUCACCAGGUGUGGUGGAGGCCGCACGCAGCAGGUCCCCGAGGCCCCGUGAUGGGGCACAGUCGCAAAGAGGUUCUUCACCUGACGAGGGUCAUGUGAGUGCCGCCGAUGUUCUGCGGGUUUUCGAUGGUCUUCCUUCGGAUGCCUUGAAGAGGGGUGCCGAUGCACCUCUCCCAACUUCGAAAUCUUAUGCCACGGGAGCGUAUGUUCUUGGUGGUAAUGUAGGCCUGAAGGCCAAUGCCUCAGCCAACCCGGAGGCGCUCAAAGUCUUUGCAAGGUUUGUGAGACAGCGUGCACCGGGGUUUAAGUUUUCUUCGAUAAAUAUAUUUGAGGAUGUUCGCACUGAGCGCCAUCGAGAUCAGUGGAAUGCCAACUUGCAUAACUUGGCGAUUGCACUGACUGACUUCUCAGGUGGAGCUAUCUUUGUGGAGCAUGAAAACGGUCGAGAUGUAUCCGACCUUAAUGGUGCACGAGGCUCUCGCUUGCAGGUUGCUAAGGGCCCUGUCCGAUUCAAUGCCAGACACAAUUGGCACUACACCGAGGCGUGGCAGGGCCGUAGAGUCUUGCUGGUUGCAUUCACCAUCCGUCAUGUCGAAUCGCUGUGCAAGGAACAUCUUGACUUUCUCCGCGAGUGUCAUGUUGAUGUUCCGGAAUGCGCGCCCGAGGGCGCGCGGUUGGCGCCUGCUGAAGCGUGUGCUCGUCAGCCGCCAUCCUUGACCUCCCCCGCAGCUCAGGAGUCGCUUAGGCCCUUGCCCGCUUCGGUUGUCCCCGCCGUUGACCCUAAGGAACCUGUGAGCGACCCUGCUAGUCCCUUGAAGCCCGGUUCUGCUCUCUAUGUCGAGAUAAAGUGUGGGUCCGGAUUGCUGCCGGCUCGGGUGCGGCGGGACGGAUUUCAAAUCAUAGCGCUUGAACAUUCUCGCCCCGCUGGGCGAGUGCACACUCACCUUGUCCCUGUGGACAUUGAAACUGAGUCGGGUUUCUCCUUUGUGCAGACUGUCAUCAGCCACGAUGCCCCUUUUCACGUGCAUUUCUUUCCUGCGACCAAGGAUUGUUUUAAGGCUACUUUUAGCGCCGGGCAAACCAUUCGCAUCGCCAAACUCUUGCUUGCAUCUGAUUCGCAUUGGAGUGUCUUGCAUCCCCUGGCGUCAGCCCUGUGGAAACAGCUCGACUUGCCCGACAACCUCCAUUGCGUAGACUUCUGUGCAGGUUGCUACGGGGCUCCCAGUCCGGUCAAAAUGCGUCUGUGCACAACCCAGGCCGCGCUGGCUGGCAUGCCGGUGCCAGCAUGUCGUUGUCGCCCCGGGCCCCACGCUGCGGGCUCGCUUGCACCAGAUGCCUUGUACACAACCAAAUUCUGUGAUUUGUUUGCUGGCCUCCUGCAGCUGGCGGUUGGCCAGUCUGGCCUCUUACUUGAGCACGCUCUUCCUCUGCAGAGUUCGCGGCAUUCUGCCGUAGCAGCCGCUGGGCGGCAGCCUCGAUUGUCAAAAUUCCAGCCGCAGAUCGCCGAGUUUAAGUGCCAGGCCACGGUCCGUGAGUUCCCGUGGCCCCUUCCUUUGGAUAAUAAAGGCAAUCUCACAUGUGUGCCUUCAGCAGUUACCUUUGGCAUUUACCGCACGGAACAAGAGUUUGUGGCCCAGGCAUUGCAUAUCGAUCAUCCCUUCGACUUGUGCGUGGCAGUCCCAGACUUCAUGUUGAGAGCGUUGGCUUUUACCUUGAAAGAGGGCCCGGUUGGUGUGAUGAAGCACCGUCUGAAUUUGCUCCAGCAGUGGACUUCUUGGAAACGCGAUUUGGCUGGUGCCGAAGCAAACCUGCAUGCUGCCAUGGAUCCUGGUGUGGCUUCUGUUAUGAAGGGCAAAAACAUUUUGCUUUUGGAAAAAAUUGCAUCGUCUUUCGGUUGGCCUGACACUGAAGUCUUCGAACACCUUAAGCAUGGUUUUCCCUUAGUGGGGGAGUCGAGUCCUUCUGGCAUCUUCGAUGUGGAUAGAAAACCGGCUCUGAUGACAAGGGCAGAACUUGUGCAGCAUGCUAAAUUCCUUAGGCCUGCGCUGUGGGCGAAGGUGGCGAACGCGGAGGUGGAUGAUUUAGCUCGGGAAGUGUGGGAUUCCACACAAGAGAUGCUAGUCAAGGAGUGGCUAACCGGGCCUUACUCGUGGGACGAGCUGCAGGCCCGUCAUCCAGAAGGCUGGCUUCCAGUGCGGAGGUUCGGCAUUGUGCAAAAAGCCAAGACACGGUCGAUAGACGAUUUGGCCGAGAACUCUGUAAACUGCGCCUAUGCUGUUUCCGAUCGGAUUUCUUUGAGGGCCCUUGAUGAAUUGGUCUGGCUUGCGAUCACCCUCUUUAAGAUCUUCAUUGCAAAAGGCGAGGUGAGCAUCCCUUUGUCGGAUGGCGACCAUCUUCGCUUUCCGGUGCAUUCUUUCUGGAGGGCCCUGAAACCCGAUGCGCUUCAGCCAAGCUUGAAAACAGUGGACUUGAAGAGUGCUUAUAAACAGUUGGCGGUUUCUCCACGAGACCGCUGUCUGAGCAUAGUGGCCAUCAAGGACCCGGUCUCGAGGCUUGCGUUUGGCUUCGAGAGCCGAACCCUUCUGUUUGGGGCCACCUCGUCGGUGGUUUCAUUCAAUCGCGUUGCAAGAUUGCUCCAAAGGGUUCUGGUUGCCUUGCAGGUGCUCGCCUGCAACUACUUCGACGAUUACCCGGUUUUAGAGGUCUUGCCGCUUUGUAACAACACGCAGUCGACUGUCAGAGCCGCGUUGGACUUGCUGGGUUUCGCCUGGGCGGAAGACAAGGAUCUUCCCUUCAGCCAUGAGGCUGAGCUACUAGGCGUUCGGGUUGACCUUGGCAGCUUUGGGGUAGUUAAGAUUGGGAAUAAGCCCGAACGUGCUACUGCCAUCGCUGAGGCGGUGGACUCCGUCUUGAGUGCGGGCCAUCUUGAUCCGAAGACCCUGCCGUCUUUGUUCGGUCGCCUCCAGUUUGCCGAGGGUCAGCUGCACGGGCGAUUGGGCAGAUUGGCACUGGCCGACCUUAGGGCGUGCACGAUGAGUUCUCAGGCCAAAACCCUUGAUGCCACGGCUGUGCAGGCCCUUUGUAAUCUUAGGUCCCGGGUUCUUGGGGGUACCCCUAGGAUAGUCCCGGCUUGUGUAGGGUCUCGUCGUUCUGUGAUUUUCACAGAUGGAGCGUACGAGCCGACGAAUGAAACUCACCCCGCCACUGUCGGAGGAGUCUUGUACCAUUUCGACAACGGCGCGUGGUGCACUUUCUUCUUUGCAUGUGCUAUCCCUUUGAGCGUUGUACAGAGCUGGGAGGCUCUCGGGAAAAGGCAUUUGAUAGGCCCAGUUGAGAUGUAUGCAGUGGUAUGUGCGAGAGAAGCGUGGGCAAAGCACUUGGACAUGCAAAGGGUGACCAUGUAUGUGGAUCACUCCGGAGUGUUGGCCUCUUUGGUGAAAGGCUCUUCGAAAGACCCUUUGUGGAGGCAACUCUUGCUGAUCUUUGAGAGCUGCGACGCUGAGGCGAUGCUCCCUUGGUUUAGCCGCGUUCCAAGUGCAAGUAACCCGGCCGAUCCUCCUUCGAGAGCUAAGUCAAUCUUUCCAGUCAGGGGGCAGGUGUGCAGAGUGUCGCCUCGAUGCCCGAUCAAAGGCAAUGCCACGAUUGAUCUCCUUCUUAAGUGA